UUUUCUAUUCAUUCUUCCAAACGCCUUGAGUUCAUUGGCCACUUUCCGGGCACCUGUUUUCUGGCUGCCUGAUAUCCAUUACUGCAGACUUUACGCGAAAAUGCAAGGUUAUCCAUUCACACCCUCGACAGGCCCACCAAGGGAAGGCCAAAAAAACUACGUAUUCGUUGAUGAACAUAACCGGCAUAAGAGGCUUAAAGUGAUGCGAGCCUGCAAUGGCUGCAGGAAGCGAAAGAUCAAAUGCGACGCUGCUACCACGAACACGUGGCCUUGCUCGGCAUGUACACGCUUGAAAUUAGUAUGCGUCCCUCCUACAGUAGGCCACGACGGGGAUUAUUCGAGUGCGGAGAAUGUCGAUGCCAACCCCGCCGGUUCUUUGAGCGCAUCCGACGCACCAGAACCUUCGCUUUCUUUUGUUGCGCCGCAAUUUCGAGACGGCGGGCAAAGUACAGCUGGCGGCACUCAUCCUUAUAAUGAAGGCAUAGGAAUGUUUCCACAAUUUGCACAUUCUGCUUCCAACCAACCCAAUGUUUACGACAUACGUUCAUCUCAAGUUCCUGUGCCGCACCAUUCUUAUCAGCCGCAACUGUUUCCCAGUGAUCACGCCCAAUCCCUGGGGGGUACAGAAAAUGAAAUUUACAGUGACCAUGAUCAGUCAACUGCUGCAAACCUCAGUGAGGUUUUGGGCGAACUUAAGAUAGACGAAACUGGUAUUGCACCGUAUAUCAGACAGCAAAGAAGGGAGAGGGCUGAACCGGCGAUUCCAACACAAGAUGAAGUAGAUGAAAAGUUGCCACCUCUCAGCACUGGAGCUGGCUCCACCAUACGCAUUCCGCCUGAGCUUAUGCCGUCUGAUGAUGAGGUAAUGAACUUGUUCAAACUAUAUUUCGACGAUAUACAUCCUUAUGUUCCCGUCGUCCAUCGAUCUCACCUGUACUAUCAAUGGCAACAUGAACGCUGCUCAAUUUCUCCCCUCCUGCUUGAGGCACUUUUCGCAUGCACAGGGAGGUUAUCUGAUGAUGCAGCUCAGGGAGCACAGUGGCUCGCGUUAGCAAAUAGGCAUGAAUCCAGUUUCAUGGACGAGCCUCGCCUGAGUACAAUACAGGCACUACUUCUGCUAUUGAAAGCUCGAGAAUCACGACCCAAAAAGGGCUAUUACUAUCGAUCUUGGCAGACCGUCAAGACUAUUGUCUCGAUGGCGAAAGACCUGGAUAUUCAUGAACAUAAUAACAUCCAUGCGGACGGCCGGCCUUGCGACUUGAAUCCAGUAGAGUGCUUGGUACAGACCAGAGUCUGGCAGGCCCUUCUAGUCGUUGAAGUGAUGAUCGGUGCACCCCAGGGUCGCUCGGACUAUGGUGUGGAUCCCGAGACGGUAAAUAUGAGUCCAGUUUUGGAUAUUAGAGGCCUCGAUCAGUUUGAAUUGGAUCGGUCUAGACAGUAUGCAUACUUCGUCCGAAAUGCGCGCCACAUUCGUAUCAUCGCCGACAUAUACCAUAAGAUAAAGAAGCAGAAAGAUUGGGGGGCCAAUCCCAAGUUCGUUGAAAAAAACCCCCUCUUCACCGACUGGCUCCAAAGUUUACCCCCUGAUCUGCAAGUCAAUUAUCCUCCGGACGGUUCACCACCAUGGAUAGCAUCACAUUUCGUCGGAAACAUGCAUUCGCAUUGUCAUCUAGGAAUUAUUUUAUUACACCGACCGCAAUUAAUUGCAUCCAAAUCAUUUGCAGCUGGAGGCGGUUGGAAAAUGCAUAUGGCACUAUGCUACUCUUCUGCCAAAUAUUUGUGUAGGCUCCAGGAAGCCAUUUUGAAUCGCUUUGGACUAUCAGGCCUCCUUUUCAUGCAGCGAGGUAUCAAUUUCACCAUCUACACCGUCCUGACAUGCACAAUGUUGCAUCUUGUUGCUAUAACGUCCCCAGAUCCGAACUUCCACACCGAUGCGCGCGAAUACUUUACAAGACACAUGCGUAUCCUCGAGAGAUGCUCUUCGGCUUGGCCCAUGCCGGAAUUACAGGCGCAAAUCGAUUCCUUGCGGUUUGCAUUUUCCGCCGAUGUCAGUCGACCUUUCGAACUAAAGCCGACAUUCCCCUAUGGGAGUCCUUCCGAACCAUACCACCCAAGCCCGCCAUUAGAUUCACAUUACGGGCCUUCUUUAAAUCAAGUCUCCGGUGUUCAAAGUAGAGUGGGUUAUACAGCUUAUUCAACAACCCCUCCAAUAUCAGCUGGUACUGAAGACUCAAAGUCCGAUUCCUCUCAGCUUCAACCCCUAGGAUUGAUACCAUCCCAUUCCAUUUCAAAUCAGACCAUCAACACCCCGUUGGUUGACGAGAACAGCUGGGAUCCUACUCGCAUCAUCAAUCAAUGGGAUAUGGCAUUUUCGAUUGGACCGCCAACCGUGAGCACGAAUUCGCCGCCAAUGACCUUGAGCAACCCUUCUCAACCAUCACAAACAUCUUUGACAGAACACUUCCCUGUACAAUAUGGACCACAAGCGAAAGUCGCCUCAAUGACGCCCACUCAACCGGUGCCACAGUUUACCGGACAACAAGUAGUGUUCACCGCACGCGACUGGCAGCAAAGUGUUGCUAGUGUAUACGAUCCGAAUGGCCUAAAACGACGGUGGAACUAUUCCGUCGACAUGGGAGAUGAAAGUAAUUUGAAGCGACAGCGUUAACGUUCUUGCACGUGCAUCGAUGAUCGGGCAAUGGCCA